GGCGACCCAAGGACCUGCCCUCCUCGCCCAGUCCUACGAGACAUCCUCUUUUUAUCCCACGUCAGUAUCAACACUCCCUCAGAGUCCCUACUCUCAGGUUUGUAUCCUUCGCUCUAAUCAGUGUGAAAACGACCUCUGUAGACCUAGUCUCAAGGGUACUGCUUUCUCUUUACCCUACGACAUUGCGAAGGCGCCCUUAGCAGCAGCAGAAAAGCUCAGAAGAUGCCCCCCUCCUCGGGACACAACUUAACCCUCGAGACCGACGAGCGCCCCAGAAGCUGCAGGGUGGAAUUGCACCGUAGGCCUAUCGUAGGGAUCAUCGGCUACCACUGGGCGCUCUACUUCAGGUGGGAGGACGGCUACGACAUGCACUACGAGGCCACGGACGUCGACAAGCGCCUCGUCGCCCGCUGCGGCCGCGGGAAACCCGAGCAGCACAUCCACACCUUGGUGAUAGACCUCGGGACGAAGGUCCUGUCCCCAAAGAGGGUGAAUCUCUGCGCCCGGGAGAACCCCUACAACGGGAACCUCUACAUCCUGACGAAGAUGAACUGUCAAGUGUGGGCGAAGCAGCUGGCGUCCGAUUUGGGAAUCAGCAUUCCCAUCACGGUCAACAUCCUGAAGUACAUUCCCGGAUCGGAGGUGCUGGACGGGAUCCACUUCCUCACCGGAUCUGGACCCGAAUCUGGAUCUGGAUCUGGAUCUGGAUCUGGAUCUGGAUCUGGGUCCUCGUAGAGCUCUUCCAAGAGAUAAGAACAUAGCUGCAAUGUGUAUACGACUCUUUUCGGGGAAGAAGAAGAAGAAGAAGAAGAAGAAGAAGAAGAAGAAGAGAAGAAGAAGAAGAAGAAGAAAGAAAAUUAAAUAAGAUGACAAUCACCUGGAAGGCGAAAUAAAUAACUCGAAAUAACAUAAAUAACGCCAUUUUCAAUAGCCUUAUUUGUGAUUUACUUCGUUCAAUUGCCAAAAGUGUUUGUAGAAACAUAUUUUGUCAGCUUUACA